CACACCAGCAUAAGGACUCUUGACUAUAAUCCUUGCCAGAAGACUGCUCUUUACUUACAACAACAUCUGGUUUGCCUGCAAUUUAUUUGCUGUUUCCUGUGCUCUGACAGCCUGGGCAGCUAGAAAGGGGGCAGCACAGCAAACCUAAUGGGAGCUCACUGCGCAGAACUGUGUUCAGGGUCCUGCCGUCUGCUGCUUGCAGGCGUUUCACGCAUCACAGGAGCAGAGCUCUCUGUACUUCCCAUGCUCACACAAUCCUGGCAGCUAAGCUCAUCUCCAACAUUCUCUGUCGACAGGCACUAAUUCAUAACACCAUGGAGAGCACACAUUCUCUCCUUCUGGCUGCUGCUGUUUGCUUUCUCUGUCAAGGCUGCGGCGGCUCCGAGGCCGAGCACCGGCUCUAUGCGACCCUCUUCCAGAGCUACAACCGGUUUGUCCGUCCCGUCAAGAACGUCUCGGACCCCGUCAUCAUCCAGUUCGAAGUGUCCAUGUCCCAGCUGGUGAAGGUGGAUGAAGUCAACCAGAUAAUGGAAACCAACUUGUGGCUGAAGCACAUCUGGAAUGAUUACAAGCUUCGGUGGAAUCCAGCAGACUAUGGAGGUGCUGAAUUCAUUCGAGUACCAUCUGGCCAAAUCUGGAAGCCAGAUAUUGUUUUAUAUAACAAUGCAGUUGGGGAUUUCCAGGUUGAUGACAAGACAAAGGCCCUCUUAAAAUAUACGGGUGAUGUAACUUGGAUACCUCCAGCUAUAUUUAAGAGCUCAUGUAAAAUAGAUGUAACCUACUUCCCAUUUGACUAUCAGAACUGCACCAUGAAGUUUGGUUCCUGGUCUUAUGACAAAGCCAAAAUUGACUUAGUUUUAAUUGGCUCUACAAUGAACCUGAAAGAUUACUGGGAGAGUGGAGAAUGGGCUAUUAUUAAAGCUCCUGGAUACAAGCAUGACAUCAAAUACAACUGCUGUGAAGAGAUAUAUCCAGACAUCACAUAUUCUCUUUACAUUAGGCGUUUACCUUUAUUUUACACUAUCAAUAUGAUUAUUCCAUGUCUGCUGAUUUCUUUUCUGACUGUGCUGGUUUUCUAUUUGCCUUCAGACUGUGGUGAGAAGGUGACACUCUGCAUAUCAGUCCUUCUAUCAUUAACAGUGUUCCUUCUUGUUAUCACAGAAACCAUACCUUCUACUUCCCUGGUAAUUCCACUUAUUGGGGAAUACCUGCUUUUCACCAUGAUAUUUGUAACUCUUUCUAUUGUCAUUACGGUAUUUGUACUUAAUGUGCACUACAGAACACCCAAGACACACACAAUGCCUGUGUGGGUGAGAACCAUUUUCUUAAACUUACUUCCUAGGAUCAUGUUUAUGACAAGGCCUGCCAGUGAUGACGAGAGUAACGAGAAGCCAAAACCAAUUUUCACUUCUGAGUUUUCAAAUGUAAAUUGCCUCAACAGUUGUGAAACUAAAUGCUGCAAAGAAGGCUUUGUGUGUCAAGAUAUGGCAUGCAGCUGCUGUCAGUAUCAGCGAAUGAAGUUCCACAAUGUCAGUGGCAAUCUCACAAGAAGUUCAAGCUCUGAGUCUGGAGAUCCUCUGUUUUCGUUUUCAGUUCUGUCACCAGAAAUGAGAGAUGCUAUUGAAAGCGUUAAAUACAUCGCAGAAAAUAUGAAAAUGCAGAAUGAAGCAAAAGAGAUUCAGGAUGACUGGAAAUACGUUGCCAUGGUAAUCGAUCGUAUUUUCCUAUGGGUUUUCAUCCUGGUAUGCAUUCUAGGAACUGCAGGAUUGUUUUUACAGCCUUUGAUGGCUGGAGAUGAAAUGUAACAAUUAAAUGGUAUGUUGUGAAAUCAAAUAAAACUUUUGCCAACCAAAUCUGCACCCCUACCCUAACACCUGGUGUCUCUUCUAUGUCUAGUAGAACAAGGAUUUCUCUUGGCCUAAACUUGGCCUGACCAAAAGCUUUUUUUGAAGUGCGAAAAUGUGAAAAAAGUAACAUUUUGACCCUUUGUGGCAGCUAAUCUCAAAGUAAUAUGAGCUAUGCUUGACAGCUACUUUUUUGCAAUAACAUUAAACUAUACAGGAAUGGUUUAAGAAGGGGUUGAUAAAGAAACUGAAAAUUACAUGAAUAUUGAGAAAGUCAAGACAGGUUGGCUACUAGCUUUGGGCUACGAGAUUUGCUUCCAUGAGUCCAGCAUCAGGUCUCUUCAGACCACAACAGGCAGGGAAGAAGUUCAUACUGAGUUCCAUGAAUGCCUUUUAAGGACCCAAUUGUUUAGGAAGCAUAAAUACCAAAUUGUUAGAAUGCAGACAUUGCCACCUGGUGUUGAAAACUAACUCAGAUCGUGGGAAGAAAGGACUACAGACAAGUUUACUAAAAGAGGAGAACAAACAGGUAAAGUAAUAGAUGAUGUUAAGAAAACAGCCAUAAUUUAAACUCUGUGCAUCCCUCUAUUUCCAUGUAUGAGAAGACUGUCAGAAAAAACAAGCUAUUCAAACCUAACGAUGUUUAAAACUGCUCAAGUGAAACACACUAAGAUGCAGUCUCCAAGUUAUAAGAAGGAUCAAAAAACUUUGAUAGGAAAGUUUGGAUACAGAAGCAUUCUGCUAUAGCAAAGUGUUUUAUGACAAAGUAAGGCAUGUAGGUACAAAAUAGUCCUGUAAAGUGUGCUAAAAUUGCUGCUUGGGCUUGCAAGAGCAUGAAUAACGCAACAAAAUAAUGUCUUAAGAAAAUAUUUCGUAUAAAUAUGAACUGUUCUCUCUGUAUGACUCUGGAAUUUGUUCUCUUUUGGGUUUUUUUUU